AUGACCGGCAAUAGAGGCCUCUGUGCCUUGCUGGACAACAAGAAGGCUUUCUUAAUCGCGGUUUUUGCAUCUUUUGGUGGCCUAUUGUACGGCUAUCAGCAAGGCGUCCUCGGCCAGGCCCUGGUCAUGCCAGCCUUCGAGCGAGACUUCCCCCGCGUCAGUGCAUCGUCGAGUGCGACGGGGUGGCUCACCUCCAUCCUCCAGCUAGGCGGUUGGCUCGGUGCCGUGACCUCUGGGAUCUUAUGCGAAGUCUUCUCGAGGAAACAUACCAUCUUCUGGGGCGCCAUGUGGAUGAUCCUGGGCAGUUAUCUCGCCGCAGGAGCCAUUGCGCACCAACCUGCGUUCCUCUAUGCUGGAAGGUUCUUCACGGGGAUUGGGGUCGGUGCGCUGAGCGCCAUCGGUCCGCUCUAUAACGCCGAGUUGGCACCACCGGAGAUUCGUGGGUUCCUCGUGGCAUUGCAGCAGCUCACCACGACGAUUGGUAUUCUUGUUGCGUACUGGAUCGCGUACGGAACGAAUUAUAUCUAUAACGAAGACGUGCAAUCCGGAUUCGCAUGGAGAACCCCCCUCUUGAUACAGGGUGUGCCCGCCAUCAUCCUGGCGAUCGGCGUCUGGCUCAUGCCAUUCUCACCACGUCUUCUGGUCAAGAAAGGCAAAGAGGAGCAGGCGCUGCAGACCCUCGCGGGCCUGCGGAAUCUGCCUGCCAACCACCGCCUGGUGCAAGUCGAGUUUCUUGAAAUCAAGUCCGAAGUCGUUUUCGAGUGCAAUGCCUUCGAGAAGAGGUUUCCAGCCUUGGCGACGAAAACUAACAAUGUCCUUCGCCGAGAGUUGGCACAGUACAGCACUAUCUUUCGCUCCGGUGACUCUUUCAAGCGCGUUGCCAUGGGAUCGCUGGUCAUGUUCUUCCAGCAGUGGUCGGGCAUAGACUCUAUAAUCUACUACGCUAGCGUCAUCUUCAGGUCUCUUGGACUCACCAGCGCCACGUCCAGCCUUCUCGCCUCGGGCAUAACGGGCGUCAUCAACGUCGCCACGACCAUCCCAGCGAUCCUACUCAUCGACAAGGUUGGACGACGGCCUCUCGUCCUCGCCAGCUGCGCCGGCAUGUGCGUCUGCCAGAUCAUCGUCGGUGUGAUUGUCGCCACGUGCGGCAAAGACUGGGCGGCGUAUCCGGCCGGUGGGUGGGCAGCAGUUGUCUUUGUCUGGCUCUACAUCGUCAACUUUGCCUAUGGAAUGGGUCCCGUGUCAUGGUGUCUGAUUGCAGAGAUCUUUCCCCUCUCCAUCCGUGCGAAAGGAACGAGUAUCAGCGCGAGCGCCAACUGGAUGAAUAACUUCAUCAUCGCCUUGGUCACGCCCAUCAUGCUAAGCCACAUCGGCUGGGGCGCGUACAUCUUCUUCGCAGCCUGGCUGGUCAUCGGCUUCCUCUUCUUCUACUUUUUCAUCCCAGAGACUCGCGGCAAGACGCUCGAAGAGAUGGACGCUGCGUUCGGAAGCCAUACCAGUCAUGAAGACUUGGACGAGCUCGAGCGGGUGCAGAGAGAGGUCGGCUUGAUCGACUUGUUGAUGGGGAUUGAGGAUGGGGGGCAGGAUUUCUCUGAUGAGAAGCAGCUCGAUAGAAGUCAUGUUGAGCAGCUUUGA